CACACACACACACACACACAGCGGCAAUACAGUCAAUGACGGGAACUCCACAGGACAAAUCACACUUUCUUUUUCAUCUGACACUUUCAGCUGGGACCUUUUCUACUCAACGUGAAUAUGACUUUUAUUAUUUGGUAACACUGUUUUCGAAUUCAUUUUUAUGACUUAUGGACGAAACCUUAGCCUACAAAUUAAGGAAUUUUAGUUUUUUGUUCAACUUUAUUUAUGGUAAUCUUCCUGGUGAUGUUGAAACAGGCAUUUUAUUUAUAUGUAUCUGAAUAUAAGUGGCCUAUUGCUGGUAAAUGUGCAGUAAUUCUGUAAGCGUCAGUCAUCACAGGAAUUCAUCAGCAGUGUAUUUUCGGAGCAGCGUCACUCAGUGACAGCGCGCGGAUAGUUUAUCUGUGGAUUUUAAAGGACCCUCUUGAGCCACGUUGAGUAUCUAAUAGCUUAAUUUCGCCUGCAUUGAAAAAUGCUCCAGAAUGGAAAGUCUAAAACGGACAACGCGGACGUGUCCGAGUCCGAGCCAAAGCCUGAAACGCUAAGCGAGAAGACAGAUUCGACCGAGAGCGCCGCGUCUCACCCAGAGAACCAGUCCACAGACACCGACUCCACUCGGUUCCCCCUGCCCGUCUAUCCCAAGCUGGAAAUCAAGCGUCAUGCCGUGACCGAGGACUACAAAGUCUCAAGUCAAGUGUUGGGUCUGGGUGUUAACGGCAAAGUGGUGGAGUGCUAUAACAAGAAAACCGGACAAAAGUGCGCGCUGAAGAUUCUGUACGAGUGUCCCAAAGCCCUGAGAGAAGUGGAACUGCACUGGCGAGUAUCCGGGGGGCCACAUAUAGUUCGGAUCCUCAGCCUCUAUGAAAACAUGUAUCGUGGGAAAAAGUGUCUUCUCAUAAUUAUGGAAUGUAUGGAGGGGGGAGAGCUCUUCAGCAGAAUUCAGGUCAGAGGAGACCAGGCCUUCACAGAGCGAGAGGCCUCUGAGAUCAUGAGAGACAUCGGCACAGCCAUCCAAUAUCUGCACAACAUGAACAUUGCACACAGAGACAUCAAGCCGGAGAACCUGCUUUACAAUAGUAAAGAAGACACUGGAGUUCUCAAACUAACAGACUUUGGCUUUGCUAAAGAGACUUCACUGCAUAACCCAUUACAGACGCCUUGCUACACGCCGUAUUAUGUAGCACCAGAGGUUUUAGGUCCUGAAAAAUACGACAAAUCAUGUGAUAUGUGGUCUUUGGGUGUGAUCAUGUACAUCCUGUUGUGUGGAUUCCCACCGUUCUACUCCAACACAGGACAGGCUAUUUCACCGGGAAUGAAGCGGCGCAUUCGCAUGGGCCAGUACGAGUUUCCUAAACCGGAGUGGGCUGAAGUAUCUGAGGAGGCAAAACAGUUGAUUAACCAGCUAUUGAAAACCGACCCCAAUGAAAGAAUGACCAUUGAAAAAUUCAUGAACCAUCCCUGGAUCAAUCAAUCCAUGGUGGUUCCCCAAACGCCUCUCCACACCACACGAGUGCUGACAGAAGACAGCGAGAUGUGGGACGAGGUCAAGGAAGAGUUAACCAGUGCAUUGGCCACCAUGCGUGUAGAUUACGAGCAGGUGAAGAUUAAGGACUUGGAUGCCUCCAGUAACCCCUUGCUGAACAAGAGACGCAAGAAAGCAGCGACAGGGGAGAAGAGUGGAGGAAGCGGAUGCAGUAGCCAAUGAAGGACUGGAGAUGAAGAACAGACAGAUCAAUGACACGAAGGAAAGUGCAAGAUCAGAUUAAAGGAGUCAAGAGCAAGAAUGGAAGCACAGGGAAAUAGAUGGGCUCUCCAUAGAAGAACAGAGGAUGGAUGGAUCAAGGGAAAAGGCAAGAACAGGAGACAAUUUUGUUGAUAAACAAGAAAAAUUAGACGGUAUGCACAUGUAUACAGAGGAAGUCCUUGUUUCUACCACCAGCAGUGAAGAAGACUUUAAAAAGCUGCUUUGAAAUCCUUCAGCAGUAUGUGAGUGUUCAUUGAUAUCUUUUUUUUGUGUACUGAUCUAUUACUUGAUACGCACUAUUCGCACUAUGUAUGUGUUAUGUUAUGUAUGUGUAUUUGUAUACGAUGUGUUUCUGUGUGUCUCAUCAGUCCUAUCAUGCAGUUCACUCCAGUAUUAGUUCACCCAAAAAAUGACAAUUUGCGGAAAAUCUACUCACCCUCGGGCCAUCCAAGAUGUAGAUGAGUUUGUUUCUUCAUCGGGACAGAUUUGGAGAAAUGUAGCAUUUCAUCACUUGCUCA